AUGAUCUUAGAAGAGCAGAGAUUCCUCCACGAGGAUCUCGAGAGGCUAGAGCAGGCCAUCAGCGACCGUGUUGCUGAAGAACCUCGUCAGGCUCGGGAAAGGUUAAACAGAGACCAUCAGAUCGCUGGAUUCCUCGACCGCAUUCAAAACCAAUCGGAGCGAUUACUCGAUAUCUACAAUGAUGCAGAGGGUACGCGGAGUAAGGAGAUCCAGUCCAUAUCCACCGGGGAGCCUCUGAAAGAGUUCUACAAUCAGCUAUCCGACAUCAAAUCAUUCCACCAAAAAUACCCCAAUGAACCUGUCGAGAAUCUAGAGAGAGCGUACAAAAAGAAAGCUCAUGUUGAAGGCGAACCUACAAUUUCAGAAGUCGAUAACAUGUUCACUGGAGAAGAAGCAUUUGGCAAAUUCCUCGAUCUUACGACCGUUCACGAACUCUACCUAAAUCUACCUGGAAUUAAGCGUGUCACUUACCUCCAAUACCUUUCCACGUUCGACUCCUUCAGACCCCCGAGCUGCAACAUCAAGCGACCGGAUAAAAUGACCGAUCAGUAUUUUGGUUUUGUUGGUCGGCUCGCGGAUUACCUGGAGAGUUUCAUGCGAAGAACAAGACCUCUCGAGGAUCUCGGUAAAGUUUUCGAGAGUUUCGAUGAAGAUUUUCGCAAAGCCUGGGAUAACAAUGAGGUCGAGGGGUGGCAACUAGAAGCACCGGUGCCUUCCGAAGGCUCGAAUGGUGGAGAUUUAUAUUGCGCGGAUUGUGAGAAGGAUUUCAAGAACGAAAAUGUCUACAAAGCGCAUCUGACGGGAAAGAAGCACAUUCGGGCAGCAGAAUCGAGAGCAGCACGGCAAGCCGAGGCAGGGGCCGAUACCAACGGAUCAUCGACUAGAGGAACGUCGACAUUACGACUAAAGGAACGUGCUAUCGCGGAACGAGAGUACAGGGUCAAGCGCCUCGCUGCGGCAAUGUCGCAGGAGAGAGCUGAUACCAAAGUCAAUGUCGAGCGAAAGCAAGGUAUGACGGAACGUGAGCGACAGAUGGAACUGGACGCACUUUUUGUGGAAACCUCUGCUGCAGCCCCUGAAGAUGGCGACUCUGGUAGUGAAUCAGACAGCGACGAGAAAAUUUACAAUCCAUUGAAGCUACCGUUAGCUUGGGACGGGAAGCCUAUUCCGUUCUGGUUGUACAAGCUCCACGGUCUUGGUGUCGAGUUCAGGUGCGAGAUCUGUGGCAAUUACGUGUACAUGGGAAGAAGAGCUUUUGAUAAGCAUUUCAACGAGGCGCGUCACAUUUACGGGCUGAAAUGCUUAGGCAUCACGAACACGACUUUAUUCAGAGAGAUCACUGAUAUUGCCGAUGCGGAGAAGCUGUGGGAGAAGAUUCAGCGGGACAAAAAGAAGGGCCGGACUGACGAAACGAGCGUGGUUCAGAUGGAGGAUGCUGAAGGCAACGUCAUGCCUGAAAAGGUGUACUAUGAUUUGCAGAAGCAAGGCUUGCUAUAG